UCUGUAUCACUUUUUUAGAUUCCACAUACAAGUGAUAUCAUAUGAUACUUGUAAGGGUAUGUGGUUUGAAAUAUUUAUAGAUAUUGACAAACUACCCUAAAGAGACUAUGUCAAUUUAUUCUCCCACCAACAGCAAGCGUAUCAGAGUACCUGUUUUGCAUUUUUGCUAAUCUGAAUUUCAAAGGUGUUUUAGUUUGCAUUUCUUUAAUUACAAGUCAGGUUGAGCACCUGUUCAUACCUCUGUGCGCAAGGCCAGUGUGUUUGAUGAGGGGUGUGUGCAUCCUGCUCUAGCUGCCUGGGUGCCUCUGCGGAGAUUCUUCCUUCAUGCCGUCUGGGGCUGGGCUUGGGCACAUGGUUCAGAUACUCCUCCAGUCAAGAACCACUGCUCUGAGGUUCUUGGCUUGACAAAAAACAUCUCUGCCCCCCCUCCCUCGUGCUGCUCUCUGAUUUGGAAUGAGCGGUGCUGGGCUUUCUCCACAUCAUGCAGGGCUUCUGUUUUUGCAGGGAUCCUGGGAGCUAAUGUCAGAAGAAAGUGACUCUCUGAGAACCAGCCCUUCCGCGGCCUCACUUUCGGAAAGUGAGCUGCCGCCGCCCCCCGCACGCACCGGCUAUGUGUGCUCGCUGACCGAGGACCUGGUGGCCAAAGCCAGGGAGGAACUGCAGGAGAAGCCAGAAUGGAGGCUCCGCGAUGUCCAGGCCCUCCGGGACAUGGUGCGCAAGGAGUGCCCGAACCUGAGCACCUCCCUCGAGGACGCCUUCCUGCUGCGCUUCCUCCGAGCCCGCAAGUUUGACUACGACCGGGCCCUCCAGCUCCUGAUCAACUACCACAGCUGCCGGAGAAGCUGGCCCGAAGUCUUCAACAACCUGCGGCCCUCGGCCUUGAAAGAGGUCCUGGCUUCCGGAUUCCUCACUGUACUGCCCCACACCGACCCCAGGGGCCGCCACAUCCUCUGCCUCCGUCCAGACAGAUGGAUCCCGAGCAACUAUCCAAUUACCGAAAAUAUCCGAGCCAUAUACCUGACAUUAGAAAAACUCAUUCAGUCUGAAGAAACCCAGGUGAAUGGAAUUGUAAUUCUUGCAGACUACAAAGGAGUGAGCUUAUCAAAGGCAUCUCAUUUUGGCCCUUUUAUAGCCAAAAAGGUGAUUGGCAUCCUUCAGGAUGGUUUCCCCAUUCGGAUAAAAGCAGUCCAUGUAGUGAACGAACCUCGAAUAUUUAAAGGCAUUUUUGCCAUCAUAAAACCGUUUCUGAAGGAGAAAAUAGCAAACAGAUUUUUCCUUCAUGGGUCUGACCUGAACUCUCUCCAUUCAAACCUUCCAAGAAACAUUCUCCCCAAGGAGUACGGGGGCACGGCCGGAGAGCUGGACAUCACCGCCUGGAACGCGGCGCUGCUGGCCUCGGAGGAGGACUUUGUGAGGGAGUUCUGCCAACCUGGCCCUCCCUGCGACAGCAUCCUGGGCCAGGCCUUGCCACCCGAGGGGCUGAGCCCAGAGGCGCCGUGUGAUGACUCCAUGCGGGCUGUGAAAUCACAGCUGUACUCCUGCUACUAGCCAGUCCCCUGUGAAUGUCACCAUCUUUAAAACCUUUUCUUCUUUCUUUGGAGAGGUCCAAGGAGAAUUUGAGGUGCCAUGGAUUGUCUUGCUCCUUGUAACAGAACCGCAGCGUGGAGGAAAAGCCUGUAGGGCUCUGAGGUACGCCGCGGGGUGAGGCUUUGGUUACUUGAAUGACUCCUAUGGAAGACAUGGAGAAAGCUCCCCCAGCGGUUCCAAACGCUUGGAAUCCCAGUGUGCAGCCCUUCAUCUGAAGCCGUAUCUGGUUUUGACACAGCUCAAAGCAAGAAAAAUCAGGACCAAAGUUCACUCUGAUCCCACGUUCUAAGAGAAAACAACCUGAUUGGCCAGUCAGCACACACCUAUGAAACAGUUUGACCAAGGCUGCAAAGUGGCCACACAUGAGACAAAUGGGAGUUUGUGUUCUUCACAUGAAGCCUAACUGCAGACCUCUGUGCUCAUCAAGAAACUUGAAGUGUUAGUCCAUCACUGGGUCUGGAAAGCACAGUCACUGAAUCAUGCAAGCACCCAGACCGAAGCAGCACCUCCUGAUCAAAUUCAGGAGCCACGGACCUCACGUACCUCUGGGAUUCGUGGGUUGAAUCUUGCAAUAGGAACUUAAAGUUUUCCCAAACCCAUAAAGCCUUAGGCCUGGUUCUCAGUGGAAUCAUACAUGAUCCUAGAUGUACGUGAUUUGACUCAACCUAAAAGACUGGAUGCCAGGCCUGUGUAGCUAAAAGAAUUCUGGGGGCUUCCCUGGUGGUGCAGUGGUUAAGAAUCCGCCUGCCAAUGCAGGGGACAUGGGUUCAAGCCCUGGUCCGGGAAGAUCCCACAUGCCGCGG